AGUUUCUUGCGCGCGCUAGGCAACCGCAGCUGCAGCUGUUCCUGAUUAAGUCUUCUUAAACGGUGGUUGUUAACCACAUCAGUGCACCGAGCGAGGAAACGCGGGCCGUUGCUCAGCACUACGCCACCAACACGGAAAGCUCAUUCCUCCAGAGCCUUUUCGAAGCUGUUACUCAACCAGCCAAAUCGUCUGUAAACGGCACAAGCCAGCUGAAGAUUGGGAAGAAGUCCGGUUUCGAGUUCAUCCAUCAGCUGCGCAGUCAUUCCUUCGGCUACCAAAGCAAAAAUCGAUGCCCAUGAAGGUCCCGUAAAUGUCGUUCGCUGGAGCCCGACUGGACAGUAUUUUGCCACUGGUGGAAUGGGUCGCAAAGUAAAGCUGUGGGAAAAUGUCACCGUGAUAAGAAGCCCCGAAUGUCGUGGAACCUUUAGCGGGCCGAACGCUUGUAUUAUGUCGGUUGAUUUUGACCCUUUUGAUAAUUUCGUUAUGGCGGCUUCUGGUGACUCGGCGGUUAACCUUUGGAAUAUGUACAAUCAACGCCUGAAGUACAAGCUCACGGGACAUAGUGGAAAGGUGUUGACGAGCAAAUUCUUGACAAGCAACCGAGUAGUAUCGGGAAGUUAUGAUCGCUCGUUGAAAGUAUGGGAUCUCAAGAACGGAUCGUGUGUACAGAAUUUUCUUGUCGGUUCGAGCUGUAAUGAUCUGGUGAUUUAUGGAAAUCACAAUAUGAUCAGCGGGCACUUUGAUGGGAAGGUCCGCUUCUGGGAUACGAGAUCUGUUAUCAAUGAGAAUGAAUUGACGCUGCAAGGAAAAAUCACAUCCCUGGAUAUUUCGUCAGAUGGAUUGUACGUGUUAGCCUGUUCCCGAGAUGAUUCUCUUUCAUUAAUCGAUGUGCGGCAAAACGAGACCCUCUUUAAUUUAUCAGCGGAGAAUUUCGUUGUCGGUCGUGAUUGGUCGCGUGCGGUUUUGAGUCCCGAUGGACAGUAUGCUGUAGCCGGAUCCAACGAUGGCGCACUGUAUGUUUGGAUACUGAUAUUCGGUCAAGUGGGCAAAGUGGAGAAAAUAUUGAAAGAACACUGCACCACCGUCACCGCUUGUUCCUGGCAACCUCAGGGAUAUCAGCUCCUUUCCUGUGAUCAAACUCAAGAAGUUAUUGUAUGGGGUGAUAUGUAGCAAUUCUGUGAUAUUCAUACAUUCUGCAUUUGUUUCCAUGCAUGCGCCUUUCAAUAACAUUGACUCGUAAGCACACUUUUCUUGCCAUAUUUUGUAUCUUUUGUUGAAAGUAUUUGCUACUUAAUGUUGAACGCUACAGAAGGACUUUGGUAGUA